UCCACCAACGGGCACCGGACGAUGCGGCCAUUCACGCAACCAUGGCCAAGGUCAACACGUACAAGCGCGUCUCUCACUUCUACUGGGGCGUGUGGGCGCUGGUCCAGGCCUCCAUCAGCAAAAUUGACUUUGACUACGCAGCCUACGCACAGCGACGACUCGCGGCCCUUUCGUAGACCUUUGCAUGUCGCAGUGGUAUCUAGGCUACGGCUCCAACCUCAAUAGAGAAACCUUCCUGGGCAGACGCGCCAUUCGCCCGCUGCGUGAGGAGCAUGUCACCGUCGACGGCUGGUUCCUGACCUUUGACAUUGCCGGUGUGCCCUAUGGCGAGCCUGCCUUUGGGUCUAUCCAGCAGGUCACAGAGCAUGCGCCGACGCUGCAGGGCAUGGCUUACCUCGUUACUCAAAAGGACUUUGACCACAUCAUCGCGACAGAGGGCGGCUCGAUCUCCUACAAGCAGAUACACGUCGAGGGCAAGACCGAUGCCGGCGAGCUGCUCGAGCUCACGACACUCCAGGCGCGGCAUCCACGGCGGCACUGUCAGCCGUCGCAGCGUUAUCUAGGACUCAUCCAGCAAGGCGCACGGCAACAUGACUUUCCCAAGGGCUAUCAACAUUACCUCGACUCGCUGGAGCCAUUCAGGCUGCACGGCAAGAAGCAGAAACUGGGUGCGGCCAUCUUUCUCGGCUUCUGGCUGCCUAUUAUCAUGGCCAUCUUUGGCAUACAGGAGCUUCUCUCCAAAGCCGGCUUGCCUGUUCCCUCCUUCCUUCCUGCCUUUGCAGGCAUCUGCUUCAAGAUGAUGUGGUGGAUACACGACCGCAUCUGGGCCGACCGCUUUGGCCGCGGAGACCACAACGAGGGUUAUGAUUUACGAGUUGCGCUUGCGCUCCAUGCUGCUGUAUGAUCGCUCGAGCUGGUCCUCAAAGGCCUGUCUCCGCAUGGUCCUGGUGUGUAAGCAUUUUGUAGAAUAGAAGGGUAUAGAGUCGGUACCGCUGCUCGGCGCGUAUGCGCUUCUCCGCCGCCUGCAUCCGCGAGUCUGCAUUGACGACGCCGCCUGCAAUCAUGGCGCUCAUCUGGAGGUACGUCUUGAAGGGCACCGUCAGGUUGCGGUAGAGCGGCCAGGUGAACUGGGCGAUGGUGAAGACGACGAUG